CAAGUGGCUGUAGCACUUUUUAAUAGUCUUUUCAACAUAAAAACAGAAUUAAAAGGUAGCUUUUCCAUCGUUCGUGGGUAGAGGGAACAGAAACGGACCUGGAGACACAGGCGGCACUGACCGAGAGGUCUCUGGAGCCCGCGGGGGGCGAAUGCCGCAGCAGCUGCGGUCCCUUCAGCAGAUUGUAGUUUUUUAAAAGAAUUUCUAAUAAAAUGCCACGUAGGUAACGAUUUUGUGGCUACUACGGCUUCCCUAUGGCCGCUGUCCACAAAAGCUGCCCCAACUCGUCCCAGCUUUCGAUAGAAAAGGCAUUUUGUCCAUCUGCUCUCACGUUGUUUCCUACGCCGUAGAAAUAAAGUUCACAUUUGCUUUUAUCCUGUUUUAUCCCGUUUUGGCCCAAUUUUGCAAUAUAAGUGCCCACACACGUAUGAUCGCUUUUUCGUCAGCUGAAAUUCGUGAUCUACAAUCCCCCGUAUUUUACGCCGUUUUCUAAACUCGCAGUCUGGACAUCACCCCACGGCCUACGUGCGCACUUUUCGGCGCGGAUCUCCCACAGCGCAUUUUCCACGGCUCUUUCUGGCCGCUGUCUCCCCCGUCUCAGUGGCCGCAGUGCAUUUUCCGGUCCAUGUUCAACCCCCCUCCCGGGCGGCGCUUUCCCGGGAGCUGUGUCUGUUUCUGUGCUUGUUUCUCUGUUUGUGUCUCGUUUUGUUUGUCUUUGUUUCUGUGCUCGUGUCUCUGUGUCUGUGCGUCCGCGGCGCCGUGCGCUCCCGCCCGGUCCCGCUCCCCCGCCCGCCUCUUGUCUCUGUGCACUUUGGGCCGUCCCGCAGCCGCCUGCAGCCGCGGCCUUUCGCUGCUUUGUGCUUUCGCCUCUCGAACUUCGUUUCCCCGCGGGCUGCUCGUUCGCGGCUCUGUGUAUUCCUGCUCUCGAGUCCCGGCUCGGCUCAGCAUCGGGUCAUCAGAUACUGUAGUAUCCUGCAACAGGGGCCAGAUGGCUCAGAAGAUGAAUAACAGCAUAAAAAGGUUUGUAAGUAGCAAUCUAUGGCAGGUCAGAAAUAGCCAAAUGAUGUUGCCUUCAGGUGUGUCUAUUCAGGAAGCAGCAGGGAUCACUCUGAAGGAACAGUCUCGCUCCUGCGCCUCAUCGUGUACCACCGGAACUGCUCCAAGAAUUUUCCCACAUAAGAAGAAAAACAAAACACUAGAAAUGGUGACAGGCAAUCAGGCAAGUGCUGCCUACAUGUUGGUGAUAAUGCUCCCUGGUAGGAUGCUGCAGGAUGUGAUGGUUUGGGAUAAAGCCCAGCAGGUGAUUCCAUAGAUGACAGCGGAUCUGUGUUCACAGCUGUCUCCUCGGCUCUGAAAUGUGCACACAGCAGGCUUCCAAAAAGUGGCAUCGAGGUCUGUGAUGGAAAACUGACAAGGGAUUGCAUGUUUUGUGCACACUAAUACACAGAUCUGUGCACACAGUAAUGUAAUAGACUCCUUUUUUAAAACUUACAUGAUCAAGUCUGGUCUUGAAUUGUAAAUCAAAGUGCAUUCUUUCAGCUGGGUUUUCUGAAAACCUAGGCAACAAAUACUAGGGAAAAAAUGAGUGCCAGACUUUGUACCCCCUUCUCUGCAUUUAACUUUUAAAAGUUUAGAAUUGGUUUGUUGAUCUGAAUUAACGAUUAUGGAAACUGAUAUUAUUA